AGUACUGAACCAGUAGGAUGUCUAAACCAUUAAGAGUCUCAUUAAGAGAUAAACAAACAACCGUAUUUUUAAUUCAAUGAUGUGUUUUUAAAAUUAAUAUUAAGUAAUGAAAAUUCAAAAUUAAAAGAAAGGCAACUAAACAACGUGCAUCGUCCCGGAUUCAAAAUCCCCGAUCCCGCCAUCGAUUGACCAAAACUACCACCAACUUCACAUCUUCUGUCAAUCGAGCUGACUUGUCCCAAUUUCCAUCUAUGGCGUCAAUUAAUGAUUCCGAAACCAAGAUCCCUUCGCUAUACAGCCGUAAAGAGAAAUCUCUCGGUGUCUUGUGCUCCAAUUUCUUGAGGUUGUACAAUAAAGAAGGUGUUGAAUCGAUUGGGCUAGAUAACGCUGCAAAUCAAUUAGGUGUUGAGAGGAGGCGAAUUUACGAUAUCGUCAACAUAUUAGAAAGUGUUGGGGUUUUGACUAGGAGAGCAAAGAAUCAGUAUACUUGGAAGGGGUUUAGUGCAAUUCCGCACGCGGUAGAAGAGCUUCGGAAACAGGCAUUUAAUGAAAACCCUAGAGUCUCUGGAUUCUGCAGCUUUGGAACUGUUGUAAAUGAGAACGAUUGUCGUGGCCCUUCUAAUUCCAACAGUUCAUACACUGACAAGUAUACUAAAUCGUCUGGAUCUUCUAAGAGUGAAAACAACAGGAAGGAGAAAUCACUUGGACUUCUGACACAAAAUUUCAUCAAGCUAUUCAUCUCUUCUAAUGCAGACUUAAUCUCCUUGGACACUGCUGCAACAGCACUGUUGGGCGAUGUGCACGACCCGACAGCCAUGAGAACAAAAGUUAGGCGUUUAUAUGACAUUGCAAACGUCUUUUCGUCCAUGAAUCUCCUUGAGAAGACACGCCACCCUGAAAGCGGGAAACCAUCAUUUAGAUGGUUGGGACCGAAAACUAAAUCCCAAACGUUAGAUACAAACAAAAGAAGAGCUUUUGGAACGGAUAUUACAAACCAUGAGGAUUUAAAAAGAAAACAUGUCGAUUCUUUGUCUGAUUGGAGCUCGAAAGAUGUGACUGUGGCAAUGCAUGGUAAUAUUGACUGUGUGAAGGUCGAAUAUAGUGAGAAUAAUACAACACAACAGCAGUCUUCAUGUAACUCGAAGGAAUUUGUGUUUGGCCCCUUCACACCCGCCAUCACACAAAGGGUAGGAAGUUCUGGAAACAAAAAGUUAAAGCAGGUUCAGGACUGGGAGAAUUUGGCUGAUACGUAUCGUCCUCAAUAUUGCAACAAAGCUCUAGGUGACAUUUUCGGGCACUAUGUGGAGGCAUGGAAAUCGUGGUAUGAUGAAGCAGAUGAAAAGAAAACGGGGCAUCGGUCUCCUGAAGAAGAUGAAGACUAGCGGUUAGUGAAUUUCCAUUGGGUGCAUAUGAUCUUAAUGCACCAGCUUAUGUGUAUUUUCAGGUGGUUGUAGUUACCAUAAUCUGGUAUGGUUAAGUUUGUAUCCCUGCUUCAUCGUUCGAGAAUUCUUUCUUGCCUUGUAAAUAAAGGCAUUUUGAAUUUCGUUACUAAAUUCUAAUACUGGUGAAAUCAUGUUACUACCAACUGUAAUUCUUUAAACCACAUUAAAAACAGUACAAUACCCCCGGUGGGGGCGAAGAA